AUGUCCGCGCUCGUGCUGCCCGCAAAGUGGGCACGGAAAUCCAAUGCAGAGGACCUGCGCCAGAUCAUUUGCGACCAUGACUCCUCUGCUGAUGAGGAGAUGGAGAUGGAGAUGGAAAUCGCGGAAGGCGUUUCGGAGACGGCGAGCGACAUCCUCGACACAGAAAUCGAGUACCCUAGCAGCGAUGAUGACGAGCAUGGGGAAGACAUGGAGAUCGUCGACAGUGGUAUCCAAACGGAGAACGAGGUUCUUGGAGAGUCGCUCCGGUCUCGAGCUGGUAUAAACGAACAUGAGGUAGCGCAGCCGGGAGUGGCGUCGACGUCCAUUGGAAAGGGCCUUAUAAGAUGA